AUGAGCGCACAGCCGGAGGCCGAUGGCUCUCCUUCUCCUAGGACUGCCAAUUCAGUCCCCGCCAUGGACGCAAAAGAAGGAAGAAUAGGAAACGCUUUUGCGUGCGAGCGCUGUCGAAAGCACAAGGUUCGCUGCGUCCCAUCUGAUACGCCCGCCAUUUGCCAGAGAUGCCAAAAGGCCAGAGUCGAGUGUGUGGAACAUGUUGCGCGCAGACGGCCAGCAAAGGCGCGCAGCGAUGGCCAAACACCCACCAAACUGCGCGACUUCGACAAGAAGUUGGACAAGUUGUCUGCUAUUGUUGCAACAAUGGCACCCACUCCAACGCAGUGUAGUCUCCCCUCGGUGGCCACAAUCCCUUCGCAGCUGUUAGAUUCCUCACAGCAAAUGCCGACGCCAACACCAAUUGCCGCUCAGCCUGUGUCUAUGCCGCCGGCCCCCAGAACUUCUAUUCUUCCGGCUCACGCAAAUCAAUCUGAGACUUCUGCGCCAUUCUGGGAUUCGAUGAACGAUACGUUGUCUUACCUUGGUCGACUGGAUCCUGUCAUCAGAUCCAUCAGCUUAGUGCAUAUGCAGAUGCUGCUGGAUACAUACCGUAGCAUGGUCGACUUCUUCCCCUUCGUAUCAUUACCAAGAGAAUGCCGCUGCCAGGAUCUCUUUCAGAGCCGGCCAAUGUUAAUGUUUGCCGUGCUGACAGUUUCCUCUUAUGAUUCCGUCUCGCUUCAGAGAGCGCUGAGCCUGGAGUUCCGCAAAGUGGUUAUGGUCCGGAUUAUGAAAGGUGAAAAGACUCUAGACCUUCUGCAAGGACUCUUGGUCUUCAUAGCUUGGCAUCACCACUACAUGGAUGUCCAGGCUGUUUCAAUCACUAUGCUCCUUCAGCUGUGCUUGGGUAUAGCACACGACUUAGGCUUAGACAGCAUAUCCAGGACUGUGAGGAGUCCUCUACAAAAGGAAAAUCCAAGAGAUAGGGAAGCCAAGCGGGCCUAUUUGGGAUGCUACUACCUGUCUUCCAACCUAGGUCUGAUGGAGCCCGGAAAGGCAAGGGCUAUGUCGCAUACCAGUACACUCCGGAACUACGCGUCAGAACUAGCUUCUUCCUGGGAGAACACGUCGGAUGCGGUGCUUCCAAUACUGACUGAUGUCUGCCAAUACAUGGAAGACGUGGAGGAGACUUUUCGUAAUCAAUCUGAGCAAGCGGUCGUGGUUCGUACUCAGGUCAAACGAUUGAGUGACAAAUGGGACAACAUCCGGCUUGCGUCCAAGCUGCAAGCAAAUGAUUUCACAAUAUUGCAAUGGCUACAGCUUGCAGCACGCAUACAUCUGUAUCGGACCGCUGCUUCCAUUGAUCUCGUGGAUCGCGAUAGUACACCCUGGGCUUCAGGCUUCCAGUUAUCACUACGCGUUACCUUGGUGCGGUCGACUGAACAAUUCCUCGACAACAGCACAAAGCUUCCAACCAAGCAUUUCGAUUCAGUAUCGUUGAUCGAUUGGCUGAACUUGAUAAACACCAUCACUAGCUUGAACAAGCUGGCAGUUCAUGCUUCACCCAUGCCGGGCUGGGAUGCUGGUGAAUUGCAGAUCGCAAAGUCGUUCGACUAUUUCCGCGAACAAUUGUCUUCGCAAAUGCCUCGCCCUCGCGAUGCCCAGGACGCCCAUGAAGACGCGUUUGAGCGGUUUCGACGUAUCACAUCGGUGAUGAGACUAGCAUUACACGAUGCAGUUGGCAGGGGAAGCCCAAACGGCAAUACGUUUGAACUUGCGACCGGUUCAGGACGGACUGUCUCCCUGCUCCAUAACCUAGCUCUUCCUAAGAUUAACGGCAAUGGCUCUGCCAAUGGGGUGGAAAAGCUGCCGAGUUUACGGGACGUAACUCCUUCGCUCGACAUCACCAGUAGCGAUUUCCACUGGAAGUUUCUCAUGGGUGCGGUCUGA